AUGGAGCUGGGGCCGUGGCUCCUUUUCGGACUCACAGUGACCUCCGCCGCAGGAUUGGCGCCUGCUGGCAGGAGCAGCGUCCCCCAGUCCCCCGCUGUGUCCCGCCCGGACGGGGACAUCGAGGAGACCGUGGUCACGACUGCAGGGCAGGGUCUAAGUCGCGGGGGCCCUGGGCAGGAGCAGGGACCAGAUCGGUCUGGGGACCAGGCGGCCAAGGGGGGCCCUGUGCGUCCCCGAGCCAGGCGCUGCACGUGUUUCACCUACAAGGACAAGGAGUGUGUCUACUAUUGCCACCUGGACAUCAUCUGGAUCAACACCCCUGAGCGGACUGUGCCCUAUGGACUGUCCAGCUACAGAGGAGGGGUGCGUGGCAGGAGGUCCGCACGGCCGUUUCCACGGAGCCCACAGCCCUCGGAGUGGACACGGCGCUGCGCCUGUGCGGCAAGCCACGACGCGGCCUGCGUGCGCUUCUGCGCUGGGACCCUGGCCAUCGGCAGGACCGCAGGAGCCACGGAAACACCGGGCCAGGAAGGGGCGGCGCUGGUCAGCGGGGCGGACGGAGGCCUGCAAGCAAGGAGGCCCUCAGGGUCUCCCGCGGCCACACUGGAUGCAUUUGUCAUUCUGUCAAUCAGGACUCGUUAUUAA